UGUCUCCUCUCUCCGCCUUGAAAAUCUAAAAAAAAAAAAAACUUCAUCUUCAUCCUCGUGCUCAACCAUGGCUUCUCUCAAUGUCAAGCUUCUUUUUCUUCAUUUCUUCAUCUUCUAUUGCUUCACCUUCACGAUCGCCGCUUCUUCAUCCACCAAUGGUCCAACAGUCUAUCAAGUAUUCCCCAAAUUCGGUCUUCCGACCGGUCUUCUCCCCAAUUCCGUCAAAUCAUACUCUCUUUCUCCCGACGGCGAAUUCGUCAUCGAGAUGGAGUAUCCCUGCUUUAUCCGAUUCGAGUAUUUGGUUUAUUACGAGACAAAGAUCACAGGAAAGCUCAAGUAUGGAUCAAUCAGCGAUCUAAAGGGUAUUCAGGUUCAGAGAUUCUUAUUGUGGUUUGAUGUUGAUGUUAUUAGGGUUGAUUUACCUCUCUCAGAUAGUAUCUAUUUCCAAAUUGGAAUGAUCAAUAAAAGACUUGAAAUUAAUCAGUUUAAAACUGUUCAUACCUGCACCAGAAAGGAACUUGCUUCAUCAAUUCAGCCUCCAAACCCUAAAGGUGAUAUUGAAAUGUUGAUAACAGAGUAGUAGCAGAGAAGAGAAGUGAAGGUGGUGGGUGUUGUGUUCAUAACAUUAACUGUAUCAUCAUGAUUCAUACAUAAUUGAGCAAUAUAUAUAUAUACAUUAAUAAUACUAUAUAUGGUUUUUAUAUGGUUUAUUAAUCAAUCAAUGGGUUUUACCAUUUUGAAACUAUAAU